AAACAUAAGCAAAGCAGCAUUCUUAUGAUUCAGAACAGUGUCUUUCUUUCAGUGAGGAGUAAAUGGGAAAUACUACACCGGGUUCUACUACUUUGUUUGUCCUCGUUCUCAUACCCACGAGCCGAGGGGAUCUUCUCCUUUUGAGGGAACUAUUCUGGCUGUAGGAGUAUCUGCUGUUGCCUGCAUUAAUUCGCUCUCGCCCCAUUGAUACACUGUGGUUCAGUCCUUUUCUAUACACACAUGCAGUUUCAGCACUGACACACUGGACAUGGCUUUGACAUGCAGAGAAAAAAGAGAAAAGGUAUGCCACCCAAAUUGUCACGUCGCAGUUUAAAAGAGUGGACAGUGCCAGGCCUCACGGGUCCUUGCUGAAAUCUGAGAUGUUGAGCCAGGAUGACCCCAAAUCACGCCCCAUGCUAGAACUUCGAGAGAAGCUCCAGCCGGAGGUGAUCGAGCUGAUUAAACAGCAGAGGUUGAACCGCCUGUGUGAGGGCACCUGCUUCAGGAAGAUCAGUGCCCGGCGCAGACAAGACAAGUUCUGGUAUUGCCGUCUAUCACCAAACCAUAAAGUGUUACACUAUGGAGAUGUAGAGGAGUUCUCGCAAGGACAAAUAUCACAUGACUCUCUUCAGGAGAAAGUGACAGUAGCUGAUAUCAAAGCAGUGGUCACGGGGAAAGACUGCCAACACAUGAGGGAGAAAGGAGCACUUAAGAAUAAGGAGCUGCUGGAGCUGGCUUUUUCCAUUCUUCAUAAUUCAGAUGAAUAUCUGAACUUCAUUGCUCCUGACAAGCAUGAAUACUGCAUUUGGACUGAUGGCUUGAAUGCUCUUUUGGGAAAAGAGAUGACGAGUGAGCUCACAAAAUCAGAUUUGGACACUCUGGUUACUAUGGAGCUGAAACUUCGCCUUUUGGACCUCGAAAACAUUCAGAUUCCUGACGUCCCUCCUCCUGUCCCCAAAGAGCCCAGCACUUACGACUUUGUUUACGACUUCAGUCAGCAACACACUUGAGACUGGAAUAAAGCCCUUACUCGUGCUGAUGAUCAGCUGCAAGUAAGGAGAGCCCACGUUUUUAUCUUUUUUUGAUUUUCCUGUUUAGUCUUUUCCCUCUCGCGUAGACAGAAUCAUACGUUUUCCUCUAGAUUGUGACUAUGAUGUGAUGCUUAGUUUUCUACUUCAUUGAAAUGCCUCUCGUAACUUUAUCGUUCUACAAAAAAGAAAAAUUCGCAGCAAGUUUCUUUUCAGUCGGUUUUAAUGAACACUCGACUUGGUAUCAUGCACAGCAUUUUGUGUAAGUAAAAUGCAAAUCAUAAAAUGCU